AUGGCAUCACCAACUAUUGAUAAAGGUCGAUGUUUACGUUACAAGUCAGAUUUACAGAAGAAACCACUUCUUCAACCAACAUCAACAAUAUCUGUAGAUGAACAUCGUCAAAGUUCAUUAUCAAUAUGGGUUUCUGUUUCUCUACUUCUUCUUUUUAUAUUAUAUCUUAUUUAUCGACGUCGUCAAAAUAAAUUCGAUGAAGAACAAGAAAAUAAUGAACAUGAAAGACAAAUUUUAGAAGAUAAUAUUUAUACACAUGAAUCAUCUGAAUAUCGUUUAUCAGUUGGUCCAUCAUUACCAACAAUAGUUGAAGAAAAUCAAGUUAUAUUAAAUCCUCCAAUAGAUUUAAAUCAUCAUAUAACUUCAACUAAUAUAACAUCUCGAAAUCUAUUAGAAGAUAAUGACAGUAACCAUACAUCAUCUACAGUUUUACGUCAACGUAAAACACCAAAAAAUGAUGUUGAUGAUAUAGAUGAUUAUGUUCAAAUACCUCCAAUAAUAGAAGAAAAACCAUAUUAUAUUAGUAAAGAUUCAACAAAAGUAGCUACUGAAUUACCAUCAACUAUAUAUGAAACUGGUCAUCCAGUGAUAUUUCGAAAAUUUUGUAUACCACAUGAAAAUGCAAUUAAAGAUGAUUUUACAUCAAUUGAGGAAAUAAAUCAAGCUGUUAAAGAUGUUGGUCUUGUUCGUUCACAACUUAUUUUUGGUAUUGAUUAUACAAUAAGUAAUCUUGAAACAGGCAAACAUUCAUUUAAUGGCCUUUCAUUACAUCAUAUACAAGAAGGUUUACUUAAUCCAUAUCAAAGUGUUAUAACUAUUGUUGGACGAACAUUAGAAAAAUUUGAUUCUGAUACAUUAAUACCAGCAUUUGGUUUUGGCGAUCGAACAACAGUUGAUAGAAAAAUAUUUCCUUUACGUCCGGAUGGAAGUUAUUGUAAAGGUUUUCGUGGUGUACUUGAGGCUUAUAAUAAAAUUACUCCAAAAGUACGCAUGGCUGGACCAACUAAUUUUGCACCAUUAAUUAAAGAAGCUAUUCGAAUAGUGAAGAAAACAGGACAGUAUCAUAUUCUUGUUAUUGUUGCUGAUGGUCAAGUUACAAAUGAAAGACAAACAAAAGAAGCUAUUGUUGAAGCAAGUAAUUAUCCAUUAUCAAUUGUUAUGAUUGGUGUAGGUGAUGGACCUUGGGAUAUGAUGAAAGAAUUUGAUGAUUCAUUACCAGCACGACAAUUUGAUAAUUUUCAAUUUGUUAAUUAUAAUAGUGUUGUAGAAGCAUCAAUUGAUACCGAUGCUGAUUUUGCUUUACAUGCACUUAUGGAAAUCCCAUCACAAUAUGCAGCAAUAAAAAGACUUGGUCUUCUUAAAGAAAAAACAUUUUCAUAG